AGCCGUACAUCAACGGCGCUGUUUCUGAUCAGACGUGUCAGUGACGACUGCCAACUCCCCCUCUAGACUGCUCCUGCAACCAAUAGUUCGUGUAUCACCCACUAAAAUUUUUUUUUUUAUUGAUUUAAUUUUCAAUUUUUACCUCCAGCUACCAUGGACACCCAAUUCUUGAGUGGUUUGGAACAAACACUCAGAAACAUCCUGUCGCCAGACAACAACGCGAUCAAGAAUGCCACACAGGCUUUGAAGACGCAGUACUACAACAACCAUCUGGCCUUUCCUUCUUUGCUCCACCUGCUUGAAAACUCUGCCGACGACAGCGUCAAGCAGCUGGCAGCUGUAGAGGCCAAGAAGUUGGUUCCAAAACAAUGGGAGACGCUCGACGAAAGUCUCAAGGCGCAAAUCAGGGAGUCUCUGCUGAAUUUUGCGUUUGCAUACAAGUCCAAGAGCAUCAGACACUCUUCGGCUAGAAUCGUGGCUGCCAUUGCCGAAAUUGAUAUCCCCGACCACAAAUGGCCAACUCUGCUGCAGUCGCUGGUUGGAGGAGCCCAGGAUUCCAACGUGCAGACCAGAGAGAUGGCUGUGUUCAUCAUCUUCUGUAUUUUGGAGACAUUCCCUGCCGACUGGUUUGAGCACUCGCAGGACUUCCUGUCCCUGUUUGCCUCCACUUUGCAGGACCAGGCCUCCCUUGACAUCCAAGUUACGUCCGUUUCUGCAUUGGAGGUCAUUUCUGCGUACAUCGAGGAGGACGAAGCGCUGCUGACAAAGCUUGCUCCUUCGUUCCGGUCGCUGCUGCCAAGCAUGGUGCAUCUGCUAAAGAGCUCGCUCUCGUUCUCUGACACGGAGAGGACCAAGGAGCUGUUCACGGCGUUCAACAGCUUUGUUCUGCUGGACAUAAAGCUGCUGGGUGACAGUUUUGUGGACAUCAUCAACCUUAUGAUCGAGACGUCAAUGAACAAGGACCUGGACGAGGAGAUCCGGUGUUUUGCGCUGAGAACGUUGACACAGUGCAUUGCGUACAGAAAAUCCAAGAUCUCGCAAGCAAAGCUGGGCGGACAGAUGGCCACGUGUGCUCUGCGUGUUGCGAGCGAGGAGGACGACGAGGCUGAGGAGGAGCUCGAAAAGGAGGACGAGGAGAACGAGAACGAAGAGGCGUCUCCGCACACGCUGGCCCUGAGACUUUUGAACGAGCUGGCAAUCAACCUGCCGUCCAGCCAGAUCAUCCAGCCGAUCCUGGGGCUGGCUCCGCAACUGCUGAGCUCGAGCAACCAGUACGAGAGAAGAGCUGCUCUGCUUUCGAUCGGCGUUACCGUGGAGGGUGCGCCAGACUACAUUUCGACACAGCUGCCUAAAAUUAUCCAGCUGGUGAUUGCCGGCUUGCAUGACGGGUCGAUUAUCGUCAAGGCUGCUGCGCUGCGCACUCUGGCCCAGCUGAAUGAGGAGCUCAAGGACACCGUGGCAGAGUACCACGAGUUGCUGCUCAGCCCUAUCAUUUCUAUCAUUGACUCCACCAAUAAGAUCAUGGUUUACAAGUACGCCACCUGUGCGCUGGACACGCUGAUCGAGUACAUGUCGAACGAGAGCAUCAAGCAGUACAUGGAACCGCUGAUGAAUAAAUUGUUCCAGAUGCUGGACGGCGCGCAGUCAUCGUCGCUCAAAUCGAGCAUCGUGUCAGCAAUUGGGUCGGUGGCCUAUGCGGCCGGCAAGGCGUUCACCCCGUACUUCGACCCGUCGAUCAAGUUUCUGGAGAAGUUCAUCGCCAACAUGGACCAUAUCGACGGCAUGACCGAGGACGACAUCGAGCUGCGUGCGCAGACGUUCGAGAACAUCUCGUCAAUGGCGCGGGCCGUGGGCUCCGAGGCGUUUGCUCCGUACGCACAGCCGCUGAUCGACGCGUCGUAUAGUGCGAUCCACUCUGCUAACGGCAGACUCAGAGAGUCCGGCUUUGCGUUCAUCUCUAACAUGGCCAGAGUGUACGGCGAGCAAUUCACGCCAUUCCUGGACAGAAUCGUGCCGGAGAUCUUCAACUGUCUGCAGCAGGACGAGUUCGACUUCAACUUUGGUCCCGAGGACGAGAUUGCAGACGAAGCAGACCUGGCUGAGAAACUCAAUGUCCACACAGGCAUCACCGUUGAAAAAGAGGUUGCGCUCGUCGCACUGAGCUCUCUCGCUGUCGGCACCAAGGCAGGCUUCACGAGCUUCGUCGACCAGACUGUCAAGAUCCUCAGCGAGCAGAUCGACGAGUCGUACGCGGUCAGAGAAGCGUCGCUGUCGACGCUCUGGAAGGUGACAUACUGCAUGUAUGAGGCGCAUGGCAAGAACGAAAAGGUGCUGGAGCUGAUCAGAAAUGUGCGCAGCAUCACCAUCAGCAUUCUGCCCGAAGAGUUCGACGUGCACAUGGUGAUGACAUGCAUCGACUGUUUGUAUGAGUACAUCAAGUCCAAGGCCCUGGGCAAGCUGGCCAUCAUGGAGGGCACAGACUCGUCGCAGCUGGAGUCGCUGUGCACGCAGCUGAUGCUGAUCCUCAAAAACGAGCACCUGUGCCUCACCCAGGACGAUGAGGACGUCCCGAGCGACGAGGUUGACACCACGGAGACCGACGCCAUGAUCUACGACUCGGCGCUCGAGGUGCUGGUGAGUCUGGCCGACGCUUUCGGCGGCGACUUUGUGCGCAUCUUCAGCUCUUUCAAAGACGUCAUUCUCUCACAGGUCAAGUGCAAAAACAAGAACAAGCGCGUCUCCACGGUCGGAUGUCUUGCCGAGAUCUGCAACGGCCUCAAGAGCGAAAACCCGUACACCACAGAGCUGCUCGAGGUGUUCAUCGAUAGACUCGCCAACGACAAGUCGUCCGAGGUGCGUGGCUCGGCCGCGUACGGUGUUGGCGUCCUGAUCGAGCACGCCACCGUCGACGUGACCCCUGCUUACCCGGCCACCCUCAACUCGCUGUCCAAGCUGCUUAGCAAGGCCGGCAAGGAAGCUUCCAAGACCGACGACGACGACGUUGAGACCAAGGAAACCAUCAACAGAACAAUUGCCAACGCAUGCGGCUGUGUCAGCAGAAUGGCGCUCAAACACCCGCAGGCCGUGCCGCUCAACGUGAUCGUGCCCUCGCUGCUCAGCCACCUGCCUCUGGAAACAGGCCUCGAGGAGAACAAGCCUAUUUUCGAGCUGAUUCUGAAGCUAUACCAGGAAGGCAACGAGGUGAUUGUCAAUGCCACUGCCCAAAUUGUUGACAUUUUCGAGCAGGUGUUCCUGAGAGAGCUGGAGAAGCAGAAACUGAUCAGUGAGUCGACGCUGGGAAGAGAAGAGAACAUAGAGAGACUGAACCAGUUCGACUCCGAGGAGACUCAGCACAAGGUUGUGGCGUUCCUCAAGUACCUCGAGAGCAAGUUUGCCGGCGUGGUUUCGUCCAAGGAGGUGCUGAAAAACGUGAUUGCGUGAGCAUAUAGUGACUAGAUUAAUUUGAUUUAAAUUCGAGACUGGUAUCAUAUAUGGGGUGCUGAACGUUUCUGAAUGCAGUACCAAACCCCGCGGCGAAAGGUGGCAUUCGACAGCCAUCUGCUCAGGCCCUGCCGUCGUGUCGAAAAUAAAAUCAGAGCACAGGUCUAAGACGAUAAAGAUCGAUGCUAUAAACAGGGAUUGUGCUAAAUAACUUAUUUCUUGGUAACUCUAGAGUCGGUCACAGUGUUCAACAGCAGUGCCUCGUUAUCCAAAAUGACCUUGUUUGGAGAUCUGGCCAGGAUGCUGGCAAUUUCCUUGGCGGUGUCCAGUCUCUUGAGCUCGACAUAGUCCUUGGACUUCUUGAUGGCCUCACCAAUCAGCUGCGCCGACUUCGCGUCACCCUGAGACUUCACCACGAGACUCUGUUUCUCCUGGAUGGCCUUGUCCACAAUAAAGGCCGCCCGCUGGGCGUCCUGCUGGGCAAUCUGCUUGGCUUCGACCGCGCUGGAGAACUCCGGAGAGAACGUCAUGGCCGUGAGCGAAACGUCGUCCAGCAGAAUGUUGAAGUUGGCCGCUCUUCUCAUCAGGUUCUCACGAACAAGUCUGGACACCUUCUCUCUCUGUGUAAUGAGCUGUGCAGCAUUGAACUGUGCCACCACCGCCUUCAGAACCUCGUUCACGAUCGAGGGAAGAACCCUUUCGUCGUAGUCUUGGCCCAACGUGCGGUGAAUUGUAGGCAACGCACUAACCUCCGGUCUCGAAAGCACUCUGCACGUGAUGUUCACCAUCUGCAAGUCCUUCGUACCGGUCAGCGAAGCAAUGCUUCUUGGCUUGGCACGGAUCUCGUAGAUUGUCGGAAAUUGAAGGAAAGGUAUCUUAAUAUGCGUACCUUCGCCUACAACUUCAGGACGAACACCGCUCAAUCGAUCAUAAAUCACCGCCCUCUCGCCACCGUUCACAUUGUACAGAGCAUUGUCAAAUAAGAGUGCACCACCUCCCAGCAGAAGCAGUCCUCCCAGUCCAGCAAAGAAACCCAGCGGUGAUCCAGGUGGCUUGCGGCCCCCCUGGCUUUUGGCAAUUUGCUGAGCUCUUUUCUGCAAAUCCUGGGCAAAUUUGUCCCAACCUUGGUUGUUCAUGGUUUGAUAUUAGUU